AUGCCCGUCCCCGAGUCCCCCGCCUUCCUCGCAAAGAAGCCCACCGUGCCGCCGACCUUCGAGGGCGUCGACUACGACGACAACAAGGCGCUCAAGGCCGCGCAGGACGCCGUGCUGCGCGAGCAGUGGGUCAGGAGCAUGAUGGCGCGCAUAGUCCGCGACGAGCUCGGCAAGUGCUACUACCGCGAGGGGGUCAACCAUCUGCAGAACUGCGGCAAGUUGAGGGAGAGAUACCUUGAGCUGUUGAAGGAGGCAAAGGUCCAGGGGUACAUUUUCCAGAUGCAGAACGUGCUGCCCGGACAGUCGAAAUAG